AUAGGCUUUUUUGAGUUUGGGCAAGGACACAGGGUGCCCAUGAUCCCCUAUUGCCCGGGGGCCCCAUGAGUUGUCAGUCCGCCCCUGGUUUCCCCAUACUAUCUACUGUCAGUUUGAAAGCUGGAAGGAGUGUGAAUGAAGUACAAGGGUGCUCAUCAGAGCCCUCCCAGUUCAUUGAGAACUACAAGCUGUCUGUUGAGGUGUCAGAUUGAACUUUCUGUGUGAAGAUUUCUGUGAACA